AUGUCGUGUGAGCAAGAGCAUUUCCACUCUCACAGCCAUGGUGGACAUGAUGGAGAUGAUGAUGGCCACAGUCACAGCCACAGCCAUGGUGAUGAUGGUCACCAGCACAUUGCUCCUAUUCCAACAAACGCUUCGCAAUCGUUGCUUUCCAAGAUAGACACCACUAAAGUAACAGCUUUGAACAUGGCAAAUCCUCCUGACGAGGCUGCUAAGUUGUUCAGACGCCCGGAAGAAAGAUACCGCUUGAAACCAGUUGUCAAGUCCGACUGCGACGCUCAACUUAUCAUCAAUAUACCCUUUCUCAAUGCUUCAGCUAAGAUAUUCUCCUUGAUCUUGAGAACUAACGGUGACAAAUUCUGUCCGAAAACCAUAAAACUUUUCAAGAACGAUUCGAAUAUCGACUUCGACAACGUCGAGACAAAAAAGCCGACAUUUGUCAUAACUCAUCCUCGCAUCGGAGUGUUGUACAACGACGACGGAAAUGAAGAAAUCCCGGAAUCUGUAGAAAAUGACAACGAGUUUGUAGAGCAUUACUUGCCACGUCACAUCUUCACGGGAGUCCAGCAGUUGUCAGUGUUUAUUGAAAACAUCUACGAUGAAGACGAAGAAGAGGAGAGCCAUUUGCAUUAUAUAGAGCUCAGAGGUGAGUACACUGAAUUGAACAGAGAGCCAGUGAUUACUUUGUACGAGCUGGCAGCAAACCCUGCCGAUCACAAAAACUUGACAAAAGUCGAGUACUCCAAUGGAUUUGAAUUUGGAAGUUAG